CUGAUGCCGAUUCAUCGUCGUCGACCAUACCAUCGCAUUUAAAAAAAAAGGAAAAUUAUUUUAAAAAUCCUAAUGACGGGUAGAUAAGUUAGUGAAUUAAUUUACAAAAAAAUCAAAUAUUACACGUUCCAGGCGGUGUACGCGUGUGCAAAUAACAAAAUAUCCAAAUUUCGAGCGAUAAGGUAACGUCGACGACAACGGAAUAACUAAGAGCAGCGGCAGCACGAAGCGAGCAGCAGAGCACGCAGAAUAAAGAAACAAGGAAACAUUUGCACAGCAAGCCGAGCAACUGCAGCAGCAGCAGCCAGGCCAGGCCAGGCAGGCAGGCAACGACAAGAAAAACCACUUCAACAAAAGAGGAUAACAUAUUGGAAGUGCUCACAUACACACACCCAUACAGCUCACUCAACACACACAUGAGUGGAAAGAGAGACGAAGCAUUGUACGUGCUCGGUUGACGGUGGGAAAGUAAACCGACAUCUUUUUACGAGCAGAGAGUUUUGCAAUCAGAAGAAGACAGCAAGCAGCCCCAGAGAGUGUUCGUUCACAGUUGAUCGGGCCAGCCCUUUGAUAACGCACGGAGGCACAAAAAGUGAGAGAGAGAGAGAACAAACCUCUCACAGUGAGAUCAGAGACAGGUUGCUGCCCAAAACCAAAACCAAAAACUCGAACACGCACAACGCAUUUGGAAAUCAAGCCAGGCCUAGCGGAAAGUGCGUGAGCGUUUAUGCGUGCGUAAUCAAAGCUCCAAAAACUGUGAGAGACCCCCCCUUCGGUCCCAGCCAAACUGCAUUUGCCCAGCGUUGCCACAUAGCCAGUACGCGUGGGGGCGUAAAACCAGUGUUGGAUAGCACUAAGCAAGACACCAGGAAAGGAAGAAAUCCAUGAGCAAAUAAACGUAAAUUCAACUGAAUUUCAAGCGAAUUGAAUCGUUAUCCUUAUCAUCAAACAGACUCCAAAUGAAAACGAUAGUGCUCAGUCCGGACGAUCUGCAGAACUUUAACAAGUUCAUCUAUGACCCAAAGUCAGCGGCCCAGCUGGCCGCCAGUGCGGGAGCGAUUGGAGCAGCGGCGGCGGCGGCAGCAGCCGUGCACGGUCAGCAGCCGGGGGGAGCGAACACCACCACAGUGCAGCUAGUAGCCGGCGGUGGCGGCCUUGGAAACUCCACUCCAGUCCCUACCAGCACAGCGCAGCAGACCAGUGCCAAUAACCUGAUGGCACUGCACUACUAUCUGAAGCAUCCGGGAAUACAGCAGAUGCCCAGCGCCACCUCGGUCCAGCAUCAGAUCCAACACCAGCAUCAGCACCAGCAGCAGCUUUUGGCCCAGUCGCAGACACAACUAAAGCAGCUGCAGUUGAAACAGCCCACAAUCCACCAGCACCAGCAACACAUCAGCUACCACCAUCCGUACUACCAGCAGACGCAGCACCAGCAGCAGCUCCAGCUGCAGCCUCAGACACAGAUGAGCCACAGCAAUCCGCACGCACCUCUGAAGAGCCAGCAACCGCCACAGACACAUCUGCCCGUGCACGCACUGAACCAGAACUCGAACUUCUCCGCGGCCAGCUCCAGUACGGGCGGAACAGCCUCCAGUCAUGCGCCUACACAGCAGUCGAACGGCUCCAGUGUAUCACCCACCAUCAUCCAAAGGGUCGCGGCAGUGGGCGGACCAAACAGCAGUAACAUUGCAGCCGCUGCCAACGCUCUACUGCGAGCCACGGCCGCCGGCAAUGCCAACACGUCGUCCUCGUCAUCGAGCUCCUCCUCCUCUUCCUCGUCGGCGUCGUCGAGCUCCUCGUCAGGCUCUUCCUCCAGCUCAACGAACUGCGCCAAGAAGCUGAAAACAGAGCCCUCACUCUCCCAGUACAAUCAGACGGAGCGCCUCAACUUCGCCAACACGUACAUCGUGUGGAGCGAGGAGCACUGGCGACGGGUGGUUUUCCACGACGAGAGGCGCUUUAACCUGGACGGACCUGACGGCUUCUCCUACUACUUUCACGACUUGAGGAACUACGAGCGCACUCUGUCGCAGCGGCCGCGUGGCAACUCUGUCUACAUCUACCUGAUGAUCUGUGUGGGUGGGGCCCUCCAUCUGGAGGUCUCGUCGGCCAAGCUGCGUCCCGAGUCCUGCAUCGAGAUCGUAAUGCGCGAGCGACCCAAUAUCAUCAGCAAACUGGGUGGCGGCACAGAGUUUGUUCUGCAGGAUCAAAAUUGGAUGCAUUACGCACUGCCCACGGCCCAGGACCUGCUCAAUGCCGAGGGUCUGAAGACCCAGAAGUGGCCGACCAUUGCGCACGACCUCAACAUUAUGGAGAACAUCUGGGGCUGGCUCAUCCGAGAGGUGUUCGACGGCGGGCGAAAAUUCUCGCGCAAGGACGACUUGAUAUUCCGCAUCAAGGAGGCGUGGUCCCGCCUGCCGCUCGAUCUGAUCACCAACCUGUACAGCACCCUGCCGGAGCGCAUCACGGAGUUGUACUACACACAAGGCGUCUACACGAAUUGUUGACAACCGACAGAGCAACGUGGACGUGGACGUGGAUGUGGUGGUCGGUUGACACCCAGCUCAGGGCACUCCCAACGGCUCAGCUUCACCUGGGAGAGGGAGUGGGAGUGGGAGUGCAGACGGAUUCUAUUGUAGGACUGCGUCCGUCUAAGGCGAACUUUCAAGACCUGAUCCUGCUGCCGAUACCAGCACGCCAUCCCGGUGGGUCAACUAGGUGGGAGCGGCGUUCCUCUGCUGUAUACAAAAAUCAAUACAGAAGAAGGAAAUCUUUAUACAAUUCAACUUAACUUUUUGUGUAUAGCUUUAAGAUGUGUGCAACGGAGCAGCAGACCGUACCGGACGGACCGACCGACGGACGGACCUAAGGGAGCGGGACAGAGAGACGCCUGGUUUAAGAUUAUACAGUUCUUUAGUUAUUUUAAGGAGAAACAAAACAGAAAGAAGUGGAAAAGCAUGCAAGAGAGAAAAAACAAUCGCGCGCUAGGAUUGGGCACGCCAUGUGUGUGUGGUGACACUGGCAGACACACGAAAAGUGUUGCCAUAUCGCUUUGUAAUUAGUGUUUUUAUUCCUCCCUUUCCCCGCAUCCCACCACAUACACACACCGCCAACACCAACCCCCCCGUAAUGUGUAAGGCUUAAUUUUAGUUGUCGUUUGCCUCCCUUCUACCCCCUCCCCACACUUUAAAUAUACGUAUCUAGAUUAAACAUAUACAUAAAUAAUUAUUAGUUGCAAAACAAAUUUAUUUGAACUUAACUCCUUUUGUUGAUUGUUUUUAGUUAUGCAAGCGAGAGAGAGAUGAGUGGAAGUAGAGAAGAAAAAGACGCAUGAAGAGCGCAGGGGAAAUUUAUGCAAGCAAGAUGAAAAUGAAUAAAAUAAAACUUGUAACUAAAGUAUUAUUGUAA